AUGACGGGAAUAGGUCGGGCGGAAAAUCUCCAACUUCACGUAUUCACCGACGCAAGUCCGCUAGCCUAUGGCGCAUGCGCCUACCUCCGAGCAGAAGACAACCAUAGGCAGGUCAGUGUCAACCUAGUGUUUGCGAAAUCUCGUGUUGCACCGCUGAAGAAACUAACGUUACCUCGACUUGAACUCAAGGGAGCAGUGAUUGGAGCACGAACGGCGUCAUUCUUGCGGACAUCCUUCCUUGCUGAAAAGCGUACUUCUGGCGUACUUCCCGUGUACUUCUGGACAGAUUCCACAAUCACGCUCUGUUGGAUUCGCGGGACUGCCAAUGCCUGGAAGCCAUUCGUCGCAAAUAGAGUGUCCGAGGUACAGUCGCUGAGUGACCCGGACGCGUGGAAUCAUUGCCCUGGCUCUCAAAAUCCGGCGGACGCACUGACACGCGGACAAACAGUCGAAAAACUACAUGACAGUCAACUGUGGUGGCGCGGGCCGAGCUGGCUUUCAGAACAAGAAGAACAUUGGCCUCGCCAGGAAGCCCACAGCACGGAAAACCUACAGUCUGUUGAAGUAGAAAAACGACGACAAGAGGUCAUCGUUAUGACCACCGUGGCUGCACCACCACCGUUGAUGACAGUGUCAGGCUUCAGCUCCUACACAAAGUUACUUCGAGUCACCGCGUGGUUACUACGAGCGGAAAUCCUGUGGAUCAAGCAGGCUCAGAUCUACUGCUACGCGAAUGAAAUCCGUCAUCUAGAACACGAGGGUCAGGUGCAACGUGGCUCAUCGAUCGCCGACCUUCAACCGUACAUAGACGACGAUGGAUGUCUAAGAGUGAAGGGACGUCUGCACUACGCCAACAUUUCGGAAGAAACGAAACACCCAAUUCUUCGUCCCAAAGACAGUGAUGUGACCACGCUGAUUGUAAACGCUGCUCACCUACGAACUUUGCAUGGUGGACUACAGUCUACGCUGUCUGAUAUUCGGGAGAAAUACUGGAUUCCUAGCGCCCGGCAGGUGGUGAAACGGACAAUUUUCAAGUGUCUCAUUUGUCGAAGGUGCCGACUGGAACCUGCCAGUGCUCCCACUGCGCCCCUCCCGAAAGAGCGAGUCGACCAGAGUCAUCCCUUUGACGUUGUAGGGCUUGACUAUGCCGGUCCGCUGUUGGUAAAGACAACCGGAUAA